AUGGCAUUGUUUUAUAUUUUUGGAUUACUUUUUGCUGCUUUCUACCUAAUUACCAAAGUGGUUCAAAGGUACCGAAAAGCAUGGGACAUCAUCCGUGAUUGCGGUUUUCCAGUAGUUCCGAGUCAACAUUGGUUAUUUGGAAGUUUAGAUAUUAUGAAAUCAUAUUCUACUCAUUGGCAACUUGGUAAAUUAACCAGAAAGUAUGGCCGUACAUAUGGGAUAAUGCAAGGUUCCCAUCCAACAGUUGUUACCUCUGAUCCGAAAAUUAUCUAUGAAAUAUGCUUCAAACAAUUCCGUUUAUUUCAUUCACGUAUUAUGGAUCCAAGUAGUUCUCAUCCAGACACUGUCUAUGAAGUCCACGAAUUUGCCGCACGGGGUGAACGGUGGAAACGAAUUAGAAGCUUGACAUCGAAAGCCGUUUCAAAUGAAAAUCUCCGGAAGCUAUUUCAUGUCAUGUGUGAUUCCGUAAACUGUUUUGUAAAAGACCUUGAGGAAGAAAUCACUGAUUCAAAAGCACUAGAGCUUCAUCCUCGUUUCCAGACGCUUACCUUCGAUAUUAUAUCACGAUGUUGCAUGGGUCGUCCGUAUAGUUAUCAACACAAUGAUUCAAAUCUCAAACUUCUACUGAAAAAAUUCAGUCCAUUACAAAGUUUCCGUCCUUUUUCUCUACUUACAUGGUGUGUACCAGAUUUAAAAUGGAUUUCACUAACAUACGCCAAACUGUGUCUGCGUUUUCGUAUAACAUUUCACCUUGAAAUUGACCCAUUAGUUACUUAUACGAAUUAUCUUCGCAAACUUAUUUCAAUGGAUAUCACUAGUCAGGAUCGUUCUAGUUUUCUAUACUUUAUGAAAUGUGUGGAAGAUGACGAAUGGGAUGACUGGAUAGUCGAUGCGGACAAACCAUAUGAUAUAUCAAGCAUGAAAAUCAUUCCGAAACUGACAACCGGAGAAAUUAUAAAUCAGUGUCGCUUUCUAACAACAGCAGGAUUCGAUACAACAGCUAACACUGUGGCCUAUUUAAUAUAUCUGUUGGCCAGUAACUCUGAAAAACAGGAAAAAUUGUACCAGGAAAUUGCAACGUUGGAAAUUACAUUUGAUAAUGUGCAACAUUUCAAUUACCUUCACUAUACAAUCAUGGAGACUCUUCGACUUUUCCCACAUGCUUCCUUGUUGCAGUCUCGUAUGUGUGUUCAGCAAUGUGAAAUAGGACCUUACACAUUUAAGAAAGAUGUGGGUGUUAUUUUCGACACCUGGAGCUUACAUUACGAUCAGGAGAUAUGGGGCAGCGAUGUCAAACAAUUCAGACCCGACAGGUUCCUAGACUACACUACAAUUCAGAAAAGGAACUGGAUGGCCUUUGGUGCAGGGCCACGCCAGUGUGUUGGGAUGCGCUUUGCGAUGCUGGAAAUCAAAAUAAUAAUUUGUAGUUUGUUAAAGAAAUUCUGUUUUCGUAAAAUUGAAAACACAUGCAAGAUUCACACAAGUUUCCGAGAAAUGGGAACAGUAUGGCCAGAUUUUUCACAGGUUAUACUUGAAAGAAGAAUUGGUGAGUAUUCUGGUAGUAUAGUACAUUACAUAUAA